UAAAGUUGUCAACCGACAGAUGGUCGUUAUUUGAAAUUUUAGCAUCGUCGAUUCAAUGUCUGAAAACUGUUAUGAGAAUUUGAAAGUGUAAUUAGAUAAUUAUAUUUAUAAAUGAAAGUGAAAUGUGAUUAAUGUUUAUAUCUUAAGAAUAUUUUGUGUUAUUUUGCGACCAAAAGUCAAGAUAUUUCGAUAAAAAUGAGUACAGACAAUUCAGAUACGGGUGCAGGCAUCGCCCUCUCGUUAGUUGCCCAAUUCGAUGAUAUCAAUCGCUUAAAUAGUGUUUUAAACGAUGGAGCUUCGGAAGAAUGUUUCCUGGCAUUUGUUAAGCAAAUGGAAUGGGUUCGCACCCAAUGGGCGUCAGCUGAGGCGGAAGCCGCCCGACUCCAGACCGAACUAGAUGAGGCUUUGAGAACAUUGGCAAAGUGGGAAGCAAAAUUUGCUCAUGUGCGAAAACUUUUGGAUGGAGAGAAAAGAGAAAGAAACAUAGUCAUGAAGAAAUAUAAUGAAUUGAGCAAGCUACUCGAUAUGGCCAGAGACUUGCUGUUCAAUGACAAUAGAGCUAAGUUGAAUAAUGAAACACUUCAAAAGCUAGCUUUUCUCAAUGGGACUGCACAACAAGAUCAUAAUGCGAAAUUGAGUGGAGUGCCAGAGCUUAAUUCUACUGGAACAUUGUUAUCAGAGAUGUCAUACUCUCGCUCUGAAGAUGAUCUUGACUUAUCGCUAGCAUCAACUCGACGUUCAUGGGUACAACGUGGUGGAUGGACUGCAAGAGAAAACCCCCCUGCUAAUAAGAAACGUCGCUCUUCUACAUCAUCUGCAACUAAGACGGUUGAGCUGCAAGGUGGAAAGGUGCUGGCCACCGCCACGACUACCUUGACUCUUGAGCGUGCUCCCACUACACACGAUCUCAAACCGCCGCAGAACUUCCAACCAAUAUCAGAAAGUAGCGAUGAGGGUCCCCCAGCUCGAAAAUCAGCUACUCGUCUCUCCGGUCGCAGUGUACCCAAGCAAGAGUGUAUGCCUUCAGCCCCACCGAUAAGUGAAUCUGAAAGUGCACCAGACACCCCCCGAGCACCGCCUCAGCGCACGCCUUCAGUAGUCUCAGCUGCCUAUGGUGGUUCCCCUCGGGUGAGACCGAGGCAGCACAAUUUCGUCGCAAAGAACUUUUAUAAGCGGGAAACUUGUGGACCUUGUGGGAAAACAAUCAAGUUCGCGAAGGUCGGCGUGAAGUGCGAGCAGUGCCGUGCGCAAGCGCAUCCCGAGUGUCGCUCGCUGCUGCCGCUGCCCUGCGUGCCGCCCGGCCGAGCGCACAGCGCGCAGGAGGGCAGUAUAGCCGACUUCGCUCCGUCUACACCCCCCAUGGUGCCUGCGCUGUUGGUACACUGCAUCAACGAGGUGGAGAAGAGAGGUUUAAACGAGCGGGGCAUAUACCGCAUAAGUGCGGUGGAUAAAGAUGUUAAACGAUUAAAGGAACGCUUCCUGCGCGGUUGCGGCUCGCCCCAACUGUCAACCGAAGACAUCCACAUAGUCUGCGGAUGUAUUAAGGAAUUUUUAAGAUCACUCCGAGAGCCUCUUGUGUCAAGUGCCCUCUGGACUGAUUUCAUGGAUGCUGCUAAGCUAUCAGAACCUACAGAUGCGACUGCAUCAGUCGUACAGGCGGUGAGCCAACUGCCCCAACCCAAUCGGGACACAUUGGCUUUCUUAGUGCUACAUUUGCAAAAAGUAGCCGAAAGUCCUGAUUGCGAAAUGGGUAUAGACAACUUGGCGAAGAUCUUUGGUCCGACGGUUGUCGGCUACGGGAUGAUGACUCAGGCUGCAGAGAUGUAUACCGCCACUACGCAAAUGGUCAACGUGAUGCAGCUGCUGCUGCGGCUGCCGGGCGACUACUGGGCGCAGUGGGCGUGCGCGCCCGCGUCGCCGCCGCCCGCGCGCCCGCGGGGGUUCUUCUUCUCGCCGCACGACACCGGUAUUUCGAGAAAGAAGAGAAACUACUUCCAGUGACAUUGGAAAUAUUUUUUAAUUAUUAAUAGCAUAAGAAAGUUUCAAUUCAGUUUGUUCAUUUAAGGAACAGUUAUGUUAACCAUUGUAUGUUAUCGUGCUCUAAUUUAUAUAUUAAAUUAUAUAUACUUUAGUACUGUUGCUUAUAUAUUUAUAAAAAAAUUACGUAGUAUAAAUAUAGUAACUACUUUUGAUAAAAUAAAUUUAGGACAAGUUUUUUUUUUUUAAAUUAUAAUAUGGCUAAGGUCUAAUGUAGCAACUUUUCUAAGCUACGUUUCUUGGUAAUAAAAAAUGAGCUAAACUAUAUAAUUUUGUAUGUAUUUAGAAUUGGAUAUCUAACGAUUUAUGUAUAUAGGUCUCAAAAGCACUUGAUACAAUAAUAUACAAGUUUCAAUUUUAAAUCCUACAUUUUGCUAUUGGAAUAUUGUGCCAACUUCAUGUAGAUGUGCAGAUAUUAUUAUUGGGAAUAAAUCCGGAGAGUGGUAAAUUAUUGUUAUUUUCACUGUUCUACAACUAUUUGGAGCGAAUCGUACGUCGACAAACACAGGCAGUAGGCGUGUACAAGACGAAUUAAAUAAAAAUUGCGUAGUUUUCAUUAUCGUUCAAAAACUGAAUAUUACUAAUGUUUUAUUAGUACAAUAUUGAUAUCUUGUCUCUACUUUUCCAUAGUACCUAAUUCGUAGAGUUACUUUUAAAUUUUAUGUUCAUAUUAAAUUUUUAAAUAAAAAUGAAAAAAAUGAAUACAAGUCAAUCUUAAGCCCUUUAUAAUAAAUUACAAAACCUUCGACGCUUUUCAGUAUGAACUUUGAUCGGAAUGUUUUAACAAAAACUAUUCUUAAAUUAAUACUUUUUCGUAACUGUUCGGUUAUUUAAACGAUGUAGAAAAUAUUCUAAUUUCAUAUACUAGGAUAUCAUUCAUAUUAUGUUUAAUUUUCUCCUUUUCAAGCAGUACUUAAUUUUGUUUUUGUUUUAUAUUAGUUGGGUAUUUAGUUGUAAGUAAUUUAGUUAAUAUUAUCUAUUGUAGACAUUAUAAACCUUAUUAUUACUAGCAUUAAGUUCAUUAUACGUGUCUGCCUUUUUAGUUAUCCUAUUCAAGUUUAUAUAUUGACAUUGUAACUAGGGUCGAAGAGAUUAAUAAUCGUGUCAAAACAAUUCAUUUAUCUUUGAGUUAGUUUGUAAUAUUUAUUACACCAAUGUAUUUUCUAUCGCGAUUAUUGUUUACAAAAAUCUUUAAAAAAUGAUUUUAAUUUAUGUUACUAUGUUCGAUUAUUAUACGAAAUAUAUUUAAAACAAAUUUAAAUAUUUGUCUAUUAAUAAUAGCCUAUAUAAAUAUAUAAUUUUUUUUUUUUAAUAAGCUUCUUAAGUAAACAAAAAAAAGCAUAACAACUAAUAAUUUUCUAUAUUAGUAACCCUAGCUACUAUGUCACUGUCAAAUUAUAGUAAUCUCAUACUUUAAAUUAUAUUGAUAUAUUCGGAUUUUAAUCGCGAUCGUACUUCUAUUAUUUUGUAAGGCGACAAAGAGUUACGAUUGAUGUUAAAACCCAAAUAUAAUAUGAUAAAUAUGUAGUAAGUAUGUAUACAUAGCUAAAGUUUAAAAUGUACAAGUAUAAUAAUUAUUUUCCGUUGUCGUGACGUCAAGCCACCGCCUAAGACGGUUAUUUAGAAGUUUUUUUUUUUUUUUUGGCCCGCCGCACUUUCUUUUGCUUCAAUUAAAUUUUAAUUAUAUCGUUUUCGAAAUUGAUACAUUUAAAAUUGUAAGUAACAUUUUUGGAUUUGUAAAUUUUAUCAAAAUUAUUUUUUUUCAGUGCGUUCGGGUUUCUUUUGUAAAUAUAUUAUUUGUACUUAAUGUCGUUUACACCCCAUUCACUUCUAACCUAUUCAAAUUGAUUUGUGUGACUUUUAUUUUUGUGUAGUAGAAGUCUUUUUUUUUUAAUGUAAACAUUAAACAUUAAAAAUGUUACUACGUUCUUAAAAGUAGUACCAUAAUUACUUUUUUUUAAUAA